AUUAUUAUUAGACUUUGUUUUAUAGUAGCCGAUGGGAUUUCUUGUACAAGUGUGCGAUAAUAGAAUCUUCUUACAAAAGGAGUGGCCCAGCAUCUCUCCAGUUUUACGCUCCAAUUAGACUCAUACAUUCUUAGUACCUAGAAAGUUGAAUACCAUUCAAACAUGGAGUCGGAUUCAACGUUUAAGCUCCACCGACGCCGUAGUUCGUCCGAUAGACGUAAAUCGUCUGACAAGCGUCAGCCGGUGUCGAAUAGACGUCAGUCCUCGCCUAUAAGACGUCAGUCCUCACCUGUAAGACGUCAAUCCUCACCUGUAAGACGUCAAUCCUCACCUGUAAGACGUCAAUCCUCACCUGUAAGACGUCAGUCGUCUGAUAAACGUGCGACAUCCUCGGGAUCUAAAUCAAAAGGCCGCAGGAACAGCGGCCCGUACAAGACAUUUGAAAACGAGACGGCCGGUGUCGGCAGCAAGAAAAAGCGAGGCCGGGGGAGCUCAGAGGAAGAUGUGUCCAGUCUGGGGAGUGUCAGGAACGUGGUGAUCUCUGCCGGCCGGGGCGUGAGCCCGUGGGUACCAACUGCUCCCAAACAAGGCGCAUGUCGUGCCACGCCCACUUCCGCUGCCAAGUCAUCUGCCAGUGCCGGGGAUCUCAAGACCCGUGUGUUAUCAGCUUCCAGACGAGAUCCCCGCCCGUCCACGUCCUCACCUGACGUCUACAGACCCAGGGAGUUUCUCCAGACACCCACCAGCAGGGUAUCUGCAGGUAAACAUGAUACAGGAGACUCUGAAUCUCCAGUGUACGGCCGGCUGGUCAAGCUGGGGACCAAGACAUCCAGCUGGAGCUCCCACAAGCAGCUCCUCAACACCUCCGACAACAGCUCGCCCAGUCCAACACCUCCGCCCAAAAGAAGCAGGGUCAACGUUGAGGCUCGCCAUAACCCAAGGUUAAGCUUAAGCCGUGCGGCGUGCGUCGAGUACAGCCAUCAGGAUUACGACAGCCCUAGUUGUUUCCGAACACCAUCCUCCACGCCGUACUCUACACCAUCUGCACCAGCCUCUGCCCCGCCAGGUGUAAGCUACAGAACUACCACCACCUGGAAAGAAGAAUCGGACCAAUCCGCUAAACGCCGCAUUGAUUAUUCUACACCUAUCACUUCAAGACAAAAAAACUUCACUGUUGAGUAUGAAAAUGACACCCCAAAGCAGAAAAAAAAUUUCUCAGUUGAAAACUGGGGUAGUAAUUCUAGCAAGAAAACCACACCGGUCGUCACAGACCUAAGGCUGAAGUUAAACCGAGCCAGUUUUUGUACCCCAACCAGCGUCACCCCUAAACGCCAGUCCAUGCCUGCCACGCCUAAAUCACAACCUCUGCCGUACAAGAACCAAAACAGAAAAAAUAAUUACCGCAAGUCGGAGUCUUUCAGCAGCUUCUCUCUAGUGCCAGAACAAUGGAGCAGGGAGUUUGUGGCCCGGAGCCAAACCUACAGCCACAAGUUCAUUGACUCCCAUUGUCACAUUGACUUUAUCUACAAGCAGAUGGGCCUGGACAGGGGCACAAGUUUCCCCAGCUUCAAGGCCAUGGUGUCGGCAUCAAUGCCAGCCAACUAUGAGGGCUGUGUGGCUGUCUUCUGUGACCCUAACACAUUUGCUGAUCCAUUACCUAGAGAUACAGUAUUGAAGUCAGUUGCUGGAACUGAGGGCAUCUGGUUUGCUUUUGGCUGCCACCCAAAGAGUGCCACAGGUUUCACAGACAGCCACCUCAAAGGCUUGAAGAAAGUUUUGAAGCGCCCAAAAGUUGUGGCCCUUGGUGAGAUUGGCCUGGAUUACUCUGGAACAUUCCACAGACAUGCAGACGUCCAGAAACGUGUCCUUAGAGUCCAGCUGCAGUUGGCGCUAGAUCUGGACCUGCCAUUGGUCAUUCACUGUCGUGAUGCUGAUGAUGACUGCCUGGAGAUAAUGCAGGAGAUGGUACCACAAGACCACAGCAUCCACCUCCAUUGUUUCACCAGAGAUGAGAAAACAGCCAGGCGCUGGCUGACCUCAUUCACCAACCUGUACAUUGGUCUGACCCCUGUCAUCACCUACCAGUCAGCUGUAGAGCCCAUGACGGUCGCUGCCAGAAUUCCACUCAAUCGUCUGCUACUGGAGACAGAUGCGCCUUACUUUGUACCUGGGGAGAUUAGGGAAAAAUUUCAAUGA